UGCUGGUGGUUACGUUUUUAGUGUUAAGUUACUGAAUGUGGUAUUGUUCUGCUCUCUUCACAUUUAAAUUUUAAUUUUUUAUUGGAUCAAGGUGAUGCUUAACCAGCCUAUUUUGCUAGUUAAGAGUUAAGGGGAGUUUGCAAAUGUUUUAUUUUUUGAAGUGGAAUAAUACAUUUUGAAACUAAAAGGGACACUGGAGAUGGAUUCAACCACUGUCCCAACCAAGAAUAACUUGCUGUAGGUCACACAACUAUUAGUAUAAUAGCUAGGACCAAAAUCACAGGGUCCUGACUUUCUCACAAAUCUGCCUACCUCCUUACCCUAAACAAAACAGCCUGGGUAGCUGUCCAGAAAGCCAGGAAACAGUAGAAACUGACUUUUUGUUUUGUUUAAAAGUGUUUGCCAACUAGCUUAUUUUUCUGUGUGUACAAUUUCUGGCAUUGCUCUGUGGUUCACAAGUUGUGAAUCGUUGUUUUGGCCCUGGGAGGCAGUGUUGUGUAGAAGAAAGAGCCUGCAGGUUCUUCUCCAUUCCUGCUUAGCAGUAUGACCAUGCCCCAGUCACUUCAUUUCCAGUUAUUCCAGAAGAAUGUUGUAGGCAUCUAAGGAGAUAAAGCAUAGUAUAAAUAGCUAACAUUUAUUGAGCUUGCUCGCGAAGAGGUUCAAAGUGCUUUACAUGUAUUAUUUCAUUCACAAUUACUCAGGGACAUAGCUAUUGUUAUUCUCUCCAUUUUGCAGCUGAGGAAACUGAGGCCCAGAAAGAUUAAUUUCCCCAAGGUCACAGAAUUUACAGUAACUAAUAGAGCUGGGAAAGAAACCCAGCGUCUGACUGCAGACCCUACUUUCUUAACCACAUAGUAGGUGCUCAGUAAAUAUAAGUUUGUUGAACUAUGAAGAGGCUAUCAUAGAUUUAAUUGGGGAAGAUGUCUAAUAGGACUUUAAAUUCAACAUGUCCAGGGUUGAUUGUCUGGCCUCCCUUAUACCCCUGACUGUCCCCAGCCUGCUCCUGAGUCCUUAUCUUGGUAUCUGAGGUGCUCAGGCCAGAAUCUUUGGUGCCCUCCUUGCCUCCUGUCUUUGGCUCACACCCCGUAUCCAGUCAGGCUGCUAAUCCUGCCAUUUCCACCUUCAGCGAUAUAGUGAGAAUCUGACUGCUUCUCACCAGCUCUACCACUAUACCUCUGGUGCAAAGCCACCAUCAUUGUCACCUGGAUUAAGGCAGUAGCCUCCUGACUAGUCCCUUUGCUUCUACCCGCUACCCUACUGUCUUUUCUCAACAAGGUAACCAGAAGGCUCUUGACUUAAAACAUAAGUCAGAUCAUUUCACUCCAAUCAAAACCCUUCAAAUGGCUCCUAUCUCACAAUGAGUAAAAGCCCACAGGGUCCUACAGUUUCUAUACCCUGCCCCCCAUCCUCCCUCCUUACCUCUAUGCUUCAUGUCCGGAUUUGCCCCUUUGCUCCCUUCAUUCUGUUCCCCUGGCCUCCUUUUCCUGAAAACACCAGGCAGUGUCAACUCAAGGCCUUUGUGCUGCCUCUUCCCUUGAUGUAAAAUGCUUUUGCUCCCUCACGUCCUUCAGGUCUUAACUUACAUGUCACCUUGGCGAGCCUUUCCUUGGCCCUCGAUUUAAAAAUUGCACCACGCCCCUCCCCCAUCUCUGGCAUUCCCUAAUUCCUUCCCUUGCUUUAUUUUGUCCCUGUAACUAAACCACUACAUAGCAUACUGUUCGUUUUGCUUAUUUGCUGACUGUCUCAGUCUCCUCAUCUGUAAAAUUGAGGAAUAUUGAUAAUAGUACUUACCUCACAGGCUGUUUAGAGGAUUAAAGGAGUUAAUAUGUGUAAAGCCUUUAGAACGAAGUCCAGCAUGUAAAGCAUUGUAUCUGUGUUAAUUAUUAUUUUCUUAUUAAGGAGUGUGCUGGGUAAUGAAAUAUAAAGGUUACCCUAAAAAAACUUAGUCUGUAGCAUAGAAAAGCAGAAAGGUUACUGCUUUGAAUUCUUAGUUGCUUAGUAACUACAGUUUCAGCCCCAAUAAAUGGUGGUCUGGUCUGAAAUGCUUCCCAACACUGAUAGGAUAUUCUGACUGCAAAAUUAAAGAGUCGAAGUUCAAAGAUAGCGCUCCCACAUCAAUUGUAAUUCAAGUGUCAUGCAUACCCCUUGGCUUUAAGGAACAAAUAUAAUGAAAUUAUGAAGAAGUUGAAGAUAUAUCCUGACUACAAUGCCUAUGAGUUAUGGCUGCCCAGAGCCACCCAGGUCUGGACUGUAAAUGAUAGUCACUCGGUGCAGGGCUGUAGGGAACAUGCUGUGUUGACUUCACUCCACUUUACAUGGUGACGCUUUAGCUAGUUGGUUGGUCCUGGGGUGUCUCAGAUCCACUGGCAGUGUAUUACUUCCUUUACUCUCAAGCUUGUCGUGAACAAGUGAUUUACUACUAGCAAGUGAGUACUUUCCAAAAGAGAACAUAUUUUUCUCAUCAUGUUCUGUGCAUUUUUGAGUGCUCACUUGUCAUUAUAAUUAUUCAUUUUUAAAACUUACGCAGACAUCCACACAUAAACACACUGUCAGCUGCAGUUUGCCCAGGAUCAAAGUUGUGUGGGAUCCUACUCCAACCAGUGUCCACCUCGUCCUCGGUUCACUCAUUUGGCAAAUAUUAAUUAAAUACCCGUCUGUCCAAGCAGACACUUCCUUGUCUUCAUGGAGCUUAUACUUUAGAAGCCUAGAUCAAGACUCUUAUUUUCCCCAAAGUAGCAUUCUUUUCAUCAUAGAGUACACUUUAAAGGCACCUGGACAAUCUAAUUCUAAUGAAUAAUAGUGUGGCAUGUCACUGAAACAUCACUGGAGUUGCUCCCAGCCAGCCAGACAAGUGGCUUUCUGUAAAUCGUCAAUGCUAGGAUAGCCAGGACAAAUCAGCUUGUUCUAGAACCAAAUGAACUUCUUCGAUAGUUAAACUUUUCUCAAGUUAGUGACCUAACGUAACCCUCACUAUUGAACAUACGUUCUUUUCUUUACCGUGUUUAUAUUUGUCUAUAAACUCUGAAGAUAUUUAUCUCAGUUCAAUUAGAGAGUUGGUGAAUGAGGACAUUUCAAAACAGAGGGGAGAAAAGUAUUUUCCUCCCAUAAUAUCAUUCAGCUGUGGCAACUGGGGAUGCGUUUAAUAGCUCUGAAUCCUUUUAUUUCUAUUAAGAUGGAGUUUUGGCCAGCAUGCUAAUUAUAUUUCUAGGCAGUGUUAAAAUAAUAGUCCUUCAGAGUAUGCAUAAUCUCCUCCUAUGUGUACAAUAUGAAAUAAUUAGUUUUACUUAAAUGAGUUGAAUACUUGAAGACAGUUCUCAAAAAUUUUGGCUGUUGAUGUACAUAUUUCAAGUGCUUUAGGAAUUGAUGUAUAUGUGCAAUGCCUUGUGUUUAAACAGAUGAGGGUAUGUUUUGUAGCUUUCUGGAGAGAACUAGGGAAGUGAACUUUUAAAAAUGGAAAUUUGGAAAUCCUUUGUGUGUGUGAAGGAAGGAAAAGAGGAAGAGUGAGUAACAGAUUCAGACAGGAAUUUGCUCUAGUAAUGAUUUUAGUGGCAGAGUAGGCUUCAAACGAGAGAUGGUUAUUAGCUUGAUAAUAUUUAAUCUUCAAGUGACAUUUGGUGCAUAUGAAGCAAGUUUCCAUAGUCCCUUGAAAGGAAUGUGGUGAUGCAAAAAUAUAUUUUAAAGAGACUAGGACAAUCUGAUGAGCGAUGCUGUUAAGAGUCAGCACUCAACAAUAUCAUUAGAGUUAGCCAGCCAGCCAGCCUUCUGGAUGCCAUUCAAAUUAAAGCUUCUAGGAUAAAUUAGCUUUUCCCAAGAAGUGAAAUUUAAAAAUAAAUUUUAAGCAUAUUAAAUAUUUUGAUCAUCUGCUUUCUGAAAAGAGAAGAUUACCAGCUUGAUUUCUGGUUCUAGUUGAACUCUGUCAGGCUUGCAUAUGUUUAUUUACUAAUGUGUAGAAUUUUAAAUCCCACAUCACCUCUUCUCUUUUAAAACCACUCUUUUUUUCUUUUCUUUGGGACAGGACCUGUUUACACUGGGCAUGUAAACGCAAUCAUGGUCAGGUGGUCUCUUACUUGUUAAAAUCAGGAGCUGACAAAGAGAUUCUUACCACAAAGGGAGAAAUGCCAGUUCAAUUAACAUCAAGGAGUGAAAUCAGGAAGAUUAUGGGAGUGGAAGAUGAUGAUGAUGACAGCGAUGACCUCCCGCAGCUGAAGAAGGAGUCAGAGCUACCUUUUGUUCCCAACUAUUUGGCCAACCCAGCCUUCCCUUUUAUCUAUACCCCUGUGGCAGAGGAUUCAGCCCAGCUGCAGAAUGGGGGCCCCUCCACACCUCCUGCAUCACCCCCUGCUGUUGGCUCACCUCCGUUGCUGCCCCCUGGGGACCCUCCCCUGCUUGGGGCCUUUCCACGGGACCACACCUCUUUGGCACUGGUUCAGAACGGGGAUGUGUCUGCCCCCUCUGCCAUUCUCAGAACACCAGAAAGCACAAAACCCGGUCCUGUUUGUCAGCCACCAGUGAGUCAGAGUCGCUCCCUGUUCUCUUCCGUCCCGUCCAAGCCACCAGUGUCUCUGGACCCUCAAAAUGGGACGUAUGCAGGACCAGCGCCAGCGUUCCAGCCGUUUUUCUUCACCGGCGCAUUUCCAUUCAAUAUGCAAGAGCUAGUACUCAAGGUGAGGAUUCAGAACCCAUCUCUUCGAGAAAAUGAUUUCAUUGAAAUUGAACUGGACCGACAGGAGCUCACCUACCAAGAAUUGCUCAGAGUGAGUUGCUGUGAGCUGGGUGUUAAUCCUGAUCAAGUGGAGAAGAUCAGAAAGUUACCCAAUACUCUGGACAAAGAUGUUGCUCGACUCCAAGAUUUCCAAGAACUGGAACUGGUUCUGAUGAUAAGUGAAAAUAAUUUUCUGUUCAGAAAUGCUGCAUCCACACUGACUGAAAGGCCUUGCUACAACAGGAGAGCUUCAAAACUGACUUACUGAUGCAGCAGGGACUUUAUCACUGAGUAUUGUGACAGUGUGCAUCAUCUCUGGGCCAAGGACAAGCCAUUGAUCUAAUGCCUUGGAUGUCCAGAGGGCCCCUGAUGCCAUGGCUGAGUAUAACUAACAUCGUUCUGCCAAGGUAGGAAGCCCCUGACCCCCAAGCAGCGGUGCCACUCUUCCAAGCCUCUUGGUGCACAAUAAACCUAUUGCUUGAAGCUGUGAACAGCUGACAAGUGGUCUGGAGAGGCAGAAGCCGCCAGUUCUGUGUCCAGUGUUUUAUGUGCAGAAUGUUAAGAGUUGUCUAAGUAGAAGCUGAGAGAGAGCAGAGCCUAUUUCUAGCCAGUCCUGUUGACAGUGCACCUGAAGGGCCGGGACGCGCUUCUCUUGGUGUUGCAUGUUCACAGCCCUCCUGAAAUGUGAACUGACUAGAGAGGAAAACUGGGGAAAGCACAGGUACCGGACACAGGAAUUUUGGUGUGACUUGUGGCUGUGAGGUUUCACAUAACAUAUUUAUAAAUGUUACUCAGGUUAAAAGUAUUUAAGACUACAGUUACCUAAUUGUAAAUAUGCUGUUAACCAAAAGAGCUUCCCUCCGUAACUUUUUCCUUUGUAAACACUCCUUACUGCUUCUGUCUCUAGACUGCCCUUGUCCAUACAGUUGUCUCUGCAUUAACUCCCCUUCGUGGUCACUAGAGGGCUCUCUGAUGCUUUCUCAAAGAGCAAUGGCUUUUUUUUUAACUGAAGCAAUGAUUCCCGUCUUCUGUUAAUUGCACCCAAUGAGAAGAGCACAAACAUUGCCGGUCCAUGUUUUCCACUUUCAUUUUUCCACCAGAAAUGAAAAGCAAUUUUUCAGACUGAAUCUGUUGCUAUUUUAAAGGUUAUUGUGGGAAACUGAGCUAAAGGAGUUAGCAUCUUUAUUUUUGUAUCAAAGACAAAGGUUAUUUUGAAAUUAUUAGGAUUUUUACACAACUGUGAAAUCUGUUGCUUUUGUAAACAAGUUGUUUGAUCUUAGGGAUCUGCCACGACCACCACCAACCCACUUAACAAAGUCAGUUGUGAGUCUACCAGGCUUCCUUCUGGAAGCAAACAAACACCUGAUUAAACUCUUGAGCAUGGCAUAAGGAUUUUUUUAGAGAACGCAUUUAAGGAUUCUUUUCCUUUCCUUCAGUGUCAUUAAUGUUAAAAAGAAAAGCCACCGUCUUGUUGAAAUAAACAGCUUAACCUUAGAAGUAAGAACGAGCACACUUAGACAAACAGGAGAGCAGGGGUUUGAAGCCAGCUGUUGAUGAGCAUCCCUGCUGUCUUAAGAAGCUUUUUCCCCAUAGUGCCUAGAGUUUCCAAAGAAACUUAACUUCCUAACUGUGUUAAUUUUAUUGGAACACUACGGUAGAGAAAACGUGCAGAAGAUGUCAGUGGAAGAGAAUGUUGUGCUGAGAUAAUGGCCUCCUGCUGCUGCCUAAAUGCUGAGCUGAGGUUGAGGUGUUUUCAAGGCCAACUUCGUGGUGUGGAAUCACUCUGUUGCGUGACUUAAUUGUACUACACCAGUUACUGAUGGUGAGUUACUCACCCUUGCGCAGUGUUUGCCUAGUAAAGGUUACUUAUUACUCCCUUUCUCUGAAGUGCUUUAAAGAAGAAACCUCCCUUGUGUUUCAGCCCGUCAGAAGCAGCUAGUCUGUCUAGACAUGUUAAUCUUUUUUCCCCUUUUGAAAAAAGUUAAAAUUUACUAAUACAAUUAAGGCUACUUCUAUCCUGGGAUAAAUAAAUUCAGUAUUAAUUCAUGUCUAAAUCACUGGGGUUAAAACUCUUCCAGCAUCCAGAUCAAUUAGAGAUUCUUAGAAGCAUGGAGGCCCCUGGCUGGGAGGUGGCCUACAGAGGAGUAGCUCCAGGGCAUUUCCUGGGCUUAGAACCAGGCCCUCGAGGGAGUCUCAAGGGAGAGGGGGGCCUUGCACUGCUCUCUCUCCUCCUUUAUGAAGUCCUCUGUGGUCAACUGACUCCUGCGUCCGGCAGUGGAAUAAGACUGCACAGUUGCUGGUAGGUGAGUUUAAAGUCUUAAUCUAUGCAUUCAGAGAAAUAUUUUUAUAUGCUUUGUGUAAUUUAUAACAAGGGUUUUUUUUUUAGCUUUGUUAACUGUGAAUUCACCCCUCCUCCUCCUCCACUGCAUAUUUAAAGCAUGUGUUCACACUGUGUGUAAACAUUCACUGAAGAUUUUUCUCUUUGUGCAUUGCUGACUGUUCAAGCAUAACAGGCAUUAUUAAAAUUAAAUAUUAACUGACUGA